CUGUGAGACGCUGCACGUGGAGGACUAACAGGUGCAGGUCGACUAAAAGAGUCAGCAUUUCCCCGUGGAGGCCUUCAACUGUCGGUGGUGCAGGUCAGCUGUCGCUCAACGUUUAAUAAAGCUGCGCCACAGAAAAAAAACAAACCCUCUCUGACGUCACACAUCCGGCCCCUCCCUGCUGUACGGCCGCUCUGAAGUCCUCAUUUUCCGCCCUGAGGCUGCGCAAAGUGCCUCCGCUCAACCGGGACUUCACACGUCAUCUUUAACGCCUCAUCAUGAAUUUCUUUCUGGAGACAAUCCAAGUGGUUCUGCUGUCCAUCUGGUUCAAUGUGGAGUCCUUCAUCCACCUCUUCGUGCCAAGGAAGAGGAAGAACAUAUCCGGAGAGGUGGUGCUGAUCACGGGGGCGGGCAGCGGCAUCGGCCGCCUCAUGGCUCAGGAGUUUGCGGCUCUCGGCACGGUGCUGGUCUUGUGGGAUAUCAACAAGGACGGGGUUAAGGAGACGGCCAGGCUUGCUCAGAGCAAUGGAGCCAUCAAAGUCCACCAUUAUCUCUGCGACUGCAGCGACAAGAACGAGGUUUACCGGGUGGCUGACCAGGUGAAGCGUGAAGUGGGCGACGUCAGCAUUCUGGUGAACAACGCUGGAAUUGUAACAGGAAAGAAGUUCAUCGACGCCCCAGACUCUCUGAUCGAGAAGACCAUGGAGGUCAACACCAUGGCUCACUUCUGGACCUACAAGGCCUUUCUUCCCGCCAUGAUUGCCAAUAAUCACGGUCACCUGGUCAGCAUCGCCAGCUCUGCUGGGCUCAUAGGAGUCAAUGGAUUGGCAGACUAUUGUGCCAGUAAGUUUGCAGCGGUGGGCUUUGCGGAAUCGGUGGGACUGGAGCUGCUCGCCACCGGGAAGGAUGGGGUCAAGACCACCAUCGUGUGCCCAUAUUUCAUCAACACUGGGAUGUUUGAUGGAUGUCAAACCAAGUGGCCGACCGUGCUGCCAAUCCUGGAUCCACACUAUGUGGUCAAGCAGAUCCUUUAUGCAGUCCUCACAGACCAGGUGUUCCUGCUGCUGCCCAGGAGCAUGUACCUCAUUGCUGGUUUGAAGAACGUCCUCCCCGUGAAGCAAGGCCUCCUUCUGGGCCGCUACUUGGGAGCCUUCAACCUCAUGGACACGUUCAAGGGACGCAACCAGAAACGAGACUGAAGACGAGAUCCGAGGGGGGGAGACGCGCUGCCCCAGUCAUUAUAUUUCAAUAAUAAUCUUCAGCAUGCUUCCAUCCAGUCCACAUAAACUGGACUUUCACAGACUUGUCACCAUUUAUACUUCUGUAUGUUAAUUAUUAUAAUGUUCUUUUAUGUUUUUAUUCUGCAGAACCACUUUUUUGAAGCAUUUAUAAUUAUUAAUGACAUUUUAUGACUGAAGAAUUAUGUAUUCUUGUUAUUUUUCAAGAUGAACACUAUUCAAUUCAGAAAUAUUUAAAAUAACUUCAUAUUUUCCACUUUUUUCUUUCCUUUAACUGUGUUUUGAAGUUCAUUCUUUUUAUUUCUGAUGCAGAUUUACUUGAGAAUUUGUUUCUUCAAGUACCGUUUUUACUGAGCUUCCUCCACUUUCAUGUCAUUCCAUCGUUAAAAAUGCUAUCUUCAUUUCAGAGGACUAAAUCUCAGCUUAAUCAGAUUACACUCAGGUACUGAACCUACUCUGUAGAGAGUGCAGCUGCAGCUUCAACAGGUCUUGAAUUAAAACUGCCAGUUUCACCGCAAAGCUUCAUUGUUUUCUUCAUCAAACAGAAAAAAGUGAUGAGAUUAUUUCCCACAUUUUAACAACAUUUUUAUAUCAAACGGCAUCUUUUCUAACUUUGAGCACAUAAAAACGUUAAACUAUCAAACCUCAGGAAAACAGAAAUCCAUUACGCAAUAAAAGGUGAGACAUUUUUUUUUAUUUUGAAAAAUAAAAAAUUAAGACUGUUAGUAUGUUCAUGAUGGAGCAUCUCCUCUUAACAUCUGAGCAUUAAAGUUCUCUGUUUCUGGACUUUUG